AUGACCAAGCCAACAAAGCCCAAGUUGCCCGCGAAGCAGUUGGCCAUUCUGGCCGUCGCCCGCUUUGCCGAACCGCUCGCCUUGACCUCCGUCUUUCCGUACCUCCCAGAGAUGAUCAAAAGUUUCGGAGUAGAACAGAACGAUGUUGCGAGAUGGGCCGGCAUCACAUCCGCCGUCUUCUCGUUGGCUCAGAGCUGUACUGCAGUCCCGUGGGGUAGAGCAUCCGAUCGAUUUGGCAGGAAACCGACAAUCAUUGUUGGUCUGCUCUCGACUAUGGUAUUCUUCGUUGUUUGGGGAAUGUCAACCAGCCUGCCCAUGGCGAUUACUGUUCGCGCUAUCUUGGGCAGUGGUAACGGUAAUGUCGGAAUUAUCCGCACAAUGGUAGCAGAAAUGGUCCCCGAAAAAGAGCUACAGCCCCGAGCCUUCUCCAUCAUGCCUCUGGUCUGGUCGGUCGGUUCCAUCUUCGGCCCCGCCUUCGGUGGCUUCUUCGCCAAGCCCGCCGACCGAUUCCCCUCGAUCUUCGGCGACAGCUGGUUCUUCACGACUUACCCCUUUGCCCUGCCGAACCUCCUCGCUGCCGUCUUCUUCCUCCUUUCCGUUACGAAUGCGACCCUUUUCCUGAAAGAGACUCUCGAGAGCAAGCGCCAUGAGCCCGACUGGGGCCUGACUUUGGGCGAACGCCUCACUCGUCCAUUCCGUCGCACUCGCCACUACCACCGCGCAAACACCCGCGCUCGCCGCGCCUCUUUCGUCGACGGCGAGGCUACUGCGCCGCUCGUGCCUACCAAGCUCAACCCACCCGCGUAUCCGCUCGAGGACAACAAGCAACCCUUGGAGGCACCCAGCAUGAAGGAGGUGUUCACGGCGCAGACGACUAUCAACCUUAUCUGCUACACUUUCCUCGCUCUUCACUCCGUCGCUUACGACCAGGUCCUUCCGGUAUUCCUCAACUACCCUGUUGUCGAGCAUACGCCAGAGAAUACCCACCUGCCCUUCCAGUUCUCUGGCGGCUUCGGUCUUGGCUCAGACCGCAUUGGCACCAUCUUCACAAUCUAUGGCAUCACCUGCGGUGUGAUUCAAUUCUUCGUUUUCCCGCCGCUAUGCAACUACUUUGGUGUCCUCCGCUGCUUCCGCGCAUGCGCUCUGACUUUCCCCGUCGUCUACAUCCUAACCCCCUUCACCGUCCUCUUCGAGACGACCUUUAGCCGCUACGCCGCGCUCAUGGUCGUGAUGUUCACAAAGGCAUUCGCAGUCAUCAUCGGUUUCCCCUGCAUGACGAUCCUCCUCACGAAUUCCGCCUCCUCCCUUCGCAUCCUCGGCACCCUCAACGGCUUCGCGACGAUGUUUUCCGGAUUCGGCCGCGCCUUCGGUCCGGCUGCCGCCGGUGCUGCGUUCUCCUGGGGUGUCGGCAAGGGCUACGUCAUCACCUCCUGGUGGUUCCUCGCCGUCACCGCCAUCAUCGGCGCCGUGCCCAUCUACAUGCUCGUUGAUAGCGAUGCUCUCACGCAGUCGCCCGACACCAGCGACGACGAAGAGAGCACCGAUGACGACGACACGAUCACAAGCACCUCGAGCGGAGAGGCGUCUGGAAGCGGGCAGGAGACGGAGCCGUUAUUGGCAAGGAACGGAUCGGCUGGGUAUGAUUCCGUCAGCACCCCGGCCCGCUCAUGA